AUGUCAUCUCUACCAAGGAGGGUGAAAUCUGAAGCCAAAGCCCUUAAAUCAGAAGAUGAUGAACUACCUUCAUUUCUUAAUUCGAGCUCUGAAUCAGAGGAGGAAGAGGAGGAGUGGGAGCCGAAAAGCAAAAUCGCCAAGAGACCUCGGUUGCCAAAGAAAAAUGAGGCAAAACCUAAAAAAGCUGCUGCUCCACGGUCAACUGUAGCCAGGAAAAAGGUCAGGAAGGUAGCAAUAAAAGAGGAAAUGGAUGUAUCCUUGCCUAUUGCUGGUGCAGAAGAUAACAGAAUGCAACUUCUAAAUCUUAAGGAAGAAGAUGUGGGCACUAAACAAAAAACUUUAAAUCAAAAGCCAGAAGUGCCUAAAAAAAUGGAAAUGAAUUUAUUCCAAGGGAAGAAUGUAAAGUGUUUUGAGAGUGAUGAAAAACCUUCAACAAGUGUUCCUGUGAUGGGUAAUCAAGUGAAACAUGAGAAAUCUGAGGAGGAUUUUACAGUUGAUGAACCACCUUUUAAAAAGAUUAAGUCGACUACAUGUCCUGAAGGAAAGCCAGUUAAAAAUCUAGGAGGCAAUAAAGUAAAAGAAGAGUUUGAAAUGAACUGGGAUAUUGUACAGGCCUUGUCAGAAAUAACAAAUGUUGAACCAUGGGUAUGUGCAAAUUUAAUUCGCCUCUUUAAAGAAGAAAACACAAUUCCGUUCAUCGCUCGGUAUCGAAAAGAGCUCAUCAAUAAUCUGGAGGCUGAUGCCUUGCGUGAAGUGCAGCAAUCAUUGGAAGAGCUACGUACUGUUGCAAAGAAGACUCAUACAAUGAUACAGAAGUUGAAGAAAGAAGGGAAAUUAUCUGGAUGCCUUUUAACAGCAUUAUUAAACUGCAGAACCUUGGAAGAAUUAGACCAUGUGUCUGCACCUUAUAAAACUGGGAGUAAAGGCACCAAAGCGCAGAGGGCCAAGCAGCUGGGAUUAGAACCUGCUGCUCUCUCCCUCCUGCAAAAUCCUCUGGGACUCAAUCUGUUUUCUUACAUUAGACCCAAUACGAAAGGACUUUCAACUAUCCAGGAAGUAGAGGCUGGAGUACAGCAUAUUUUAGCUGACAUCUUCGCUAAAGAUAAAGAUACACUGGAUUUUGUCAGGAAAUUAUGUCAGCAAAGGUACAUUUGUAUCCAGUCAGCCUUGGCAAAAGUGUCAUCCAAAAGUGGAAAUGAAAAAGAUAUUGACAAAUUUCAACUGUACCAUGAAUUUUCUUGUAAUAUAAAGAACAUUCAGCAUCAUCAGAUUCUGGCCAUUAACCGAGGGGAAAAUCUGAAGAUCCUGACAGUGAAGGUCAACAUUCCUGACGGGGUGAAGAAUGAAUUCUGUUGGUGGUGUGUCAAUGAAAGAUGGAGACCAAAGCAAUUUUUAAAACCAGAAUUAAUGAGGAUACUACGGAGUUCGGUAGAGGAUGCAUAUAAACGCCUUAUAUAUCCUCUCCUCUGUAGAGAAUUCAGAUCAAAGUUGACAUCUGAUGCAGAAAAAGAGUCUGUGAUGAUGUUUGGGAGAAAUCUCCGGCAGUUGCUUCUGACCAGCCCUGUGAGGGGACGUACUUUGAUGGGAGUAGAUCCUGGCUACAAGCAUGGCUGCAAGUUGGCAAUUAUUUCACCAACCAGUCAGAUACUCCAUACCGAUGUCGUUUACUUGCAUUCUGGUCAAGGAUUUCGUGAAGCUGAGAAGAUAAAGAGCCUCCUGCUACAGUACAGCUGUAGCACUGUUGUAAUUGGCAACGGCACAGCCUGCAGAGAAACCGAAGCUUACUUUGCUGACUUAAUUAUGAAGAAAUAUUUUGCACCGCUGGAUGUCGUUUACUGCAUUGUAAGUGAAGCAGGGGCAUCUAUCUACAGUGUCAGUCCAGAAGCAGCCAAGGAGAUGCCAGACUUAGACCCUAACCUAAGAAGUGCAGUUUCCAUAGCUAGACGCGUCCAAGACCCAUUAGCUGAGCUAGUGAAAAUUGAGCCCAAACACAUAGGAGUUGGAAUGUAUCAGCAUGAUGUAUCACAGACUUUGCUCAAAGCAACUCUGGACAGUGUGGUUGAAGAGUGUGUCAGCUUUGUAGGAGUUGAUAUUAACAUCUGCUCAGAAAUACUAUUAAGACAUAUUGCAGGACUGAAUGCUAACAGGGCUAAAAAUAUAAUUGAAUGGCGAGAGAAGAAUGGACCAUUUAUAAACAGAGAACAACUGAAAGAAGUUAAAGGUCUGGGUCCCAAAUCCUUCCAACAGUGUGCUGGAUUCAUCAGAUUUAAUCAAGAAUAUAUAAAGACCUUCUGCAGUAGUAAGAAAACUGAACUUGGAAGUCAUACACUUUUGACUAAAGCAGGUACACUGGCUAAAAAGAAGAGCAAACCAGCACCAUGUGCCUCACGACAGCCCAAUCCUUUGGACCAAACUUGUAUUCAUCCAGAAUCUUACAACAUUGCAACGAGGUUUUUAACUUUUAUUGGAGGAAACGCAAAUGACAUAGGAAAAUCGGAUAUGCAGCAGAAAGUAAAUGCAGUAAUUCAAAAGGAAGGACUGGAAGGCACAGCCAAAAGGCUGAAUACGACAGUGCACACACUGCAGCUGAUCAUUGAUGGUCUGACUCAGCCUGAAAGUUUUGACAUCCGAACAGACUUUGAUAAACCUGACUUCAAGAGAAGCAUAGUCUGCUUUGAAGAUUUAAGUGUUGGUACUAUUCUGACUGGAAAAGUUGAAAAUGCCACGCCAUUUGGAGUUUUUGUUGAUAUUGGUGUGGGAAAAGCGGGUUUGAUUCCAGUGCGAAACAUAACAGAAGCAAAACUUUCUAAAGUGAAGAAGAGAAGAAGCCUGGGCUUAGGUCCUGGAGAAAGAGUGGAAGUUAAAGUGCUUAAUGUUGACAUUCCUCGAUUGAGGAUAACGUUGGAUCUUAUUCGUGUUCUAUGAGAAGG